AUGGCGGCUCGACAACGUGGAGGAUUCAAUCCACCUCCUGGAAGACCGAUCAGUCAAAGCGGCAGAUCUAUGUCCCCUGCCAGGGCGACGUCCCCCGACCACCCUACCGAUGACGAGGAUGCCCUCCACAGCACUUUCACCAUUUCACGGGACGAGACAAGAGAGAGCAACUUCCAAACCCAGCAACUUAUUGCCGCAGGACAAUCACAGGUACCACAACGGCAUAGUCUUAGACCUAUGACUUCCGGGGAGUUUACUGGCAUGGAGCCACCUGAACAUGAAGGUGGAAUGCCAUACUCUGAUGAUGAGGCGCCACCGCCGCGGAGAACAACCUAUGCCAACGGAAUACCUGCCGUCCAGAGUUCAAGGUUUGCGCUCCAGCCAGAGCCAUCCAAACAUUACCAAUCUCGUCCGACAAAGUCGAAAACACAACCCCAAAGGCUUGAAGCUGAACAGGAGGGUCUACCCAAAACCAAGGACGCUACCUCUACUGUGAGUCCUCAGGCUUGCAGCACAGAGGACAAAAAGGACCAAUCCGAUGACUUGGUGUGGGAAGUGGUAUAUCGAAUCAACAACCAGCAUCUCUAUCUUGCGCAACCCUACUAUUCUGUUGACCACAACGGAGUGAGCAUAUUACAGGGCGAUCUCGGUCUGACCAGUUUGGCAAGACAUUUGGCACGAAAGCCAAACAUUGCUUUUGUCGUCUUCCAAGAUUAUUACACGGUCGAUUAUUUGGAUCAAGCUUCCGGAGCCAGACGGAAUGGCCUGGGAUAUCCUCCCAUGGGCCCAGGGAUGGGAAUGCCCGGCGGAGGGCCCUUGGUAUCAACCCCGCCCCGUUCAACACAGCCAUCUCCUUGGAUCAACGAAACCGUGGGAGAGGCUGAAGACAUUGAGACGCCCCCGAUAUACUUUGAAUCUAUUGAACCCGUCACCAAAGGAAUGCGGGAGGCUCUGAAAGCCCUGCUUUCUUCCAAAAGUGUGUCCUUCAUCCGCCAAUCCCUCACCAACCCGCAGAAAGAGCUCGAGGCACCAUACUUCUUUUGGUAUUUUCUCAGAGAUAAACAGGAUGCGAUCCGUGAGUUGACAGAGAAACAUCAGUCACAUCUCAGAUUGCUGGGAAAGUACAUCGAGAGUGCUUUCGGCAACACCUAUCGUCAUGUUGACGACCUUCUCAAACUCGGCAGGAUUGAACUGAAGUAUCUUCCGUUCCUCAUCCGACCAGACGAGGUUUUGGUGACGACUAUACGGUCAUACGUCCGAGGCUACAUUGCCAGUGCGAUGGUUCAAGUGGGGAAGCCCCCUGAACGGAGGCAAAUGCCCGGCGUUCCUCCCCCUGCCGUGCAAGAAAACACAUUCUUUUACGAGGUGCAGUGCUGGUGCUGGGCUUACAGUGGUUCAUCUUUUGGGAGUCGAGACGUAACCCUCCGACUCACAAAUGAGCUUGAUGGAAACACACUCAUGGACGAAGAGAUAGAGAUCAGGACGCUUUUGGUAUAUCCUCUCCGGUUCGCUGAAGAGGGAGUCAAAGAGCAUCUUGAGGCUGUUGGAAAUUUUUGUUGGUCAUCUAGAGUGAGGAAGUUGGUGGCCUACUUUGAUGGGCAUGUAGGUUCUCACAUAACCCCAUUCUACUCGACACCGGCUGAAGCCGAACGCUUCAUGAUCGACACAGCCACAUAUCAAAAGCUCCAUCCAGCUGGGAUGCUUCGCCGAGAUCCGGGAUGCUUCGUUCUUGAGGAAGACCCGGGGCCCGAGGACAACGAUAUCUAUGCGUUUCCACCAGAGGUCAAAGGCUUCAAUCUGCGACGCAAGGCCUGGGUUGAUCUCGAUGUUUCAAAGAUCAUAGAGGUCGAGUGGGACAAGAGAGCGUUUGAGAAUCUCGUGCUGAGUGAUGUGAAGACCAAGGACUUGAUCAAAGCCCUCGUGACAACUCAAGUGGCCGCAGAAAAGGGGACUGACAUCAUCAAGGGUAAAGGGAAGGGCUUAAUCCUCCUUUUGCAUGGAGCACCCGGUACAGGCAAAACCUUUACCGCCGAAGCUGUGGCUGAGAUUACGGAAAAGCCGCUGUACCGCGUGACAUGUGGUGAUAUCGGGACAAGCCCAGAAAACGUUGAGCAAUAUCUCGAGUCUGUCCUUUACCUUGGCCAGAUGUGGGGCUGCGUCGUCCUACUCGAUGAAGCAGAGGUGUUCUUGGAGCAGCGUGGACUGGCAGAUCUCAACCGCAACGCACUGGUUUCGGUCUUUCUCCGGGUUUUGGAGUACUACGACGGCAUUCUCAUAUUGACGUCCAACAGAGUGGGAACUUUUGACGAGGCAUUCAAAAGUCGAAUCCAGUUGUCAAUUCACUAUGACAAUCUCAACAUACCGCAGCGGAGGAAGAUUUGGCGAAACUUUUUGACCCGCCUGAAGGAGAUCGACGCCGAGAGUAUCGACUCUGAAGACAUUUACGACAGUCUGGAUGAGUUUGCCAAGAUGGACCUGAACGGUCGUGCUAUCCGGAAUGCGAUCACUACGGCAAGGCAGCUGGCAAAGCACAAGAACGAAGUGGUGAGCAGCUCGCAUCUGCAGUAUGUCAUUGAGGUCGCUUCGAGGUUUGAUGAUUACAUCAAGAAUGUCCGGGAGGGAAUGACGGAUGAAGACUUUGCGAGAGACGGGGGUUAUCGUUGA